AAGGGGCGAGGCGGGGAGGGACCCCACCCCACCCCGAGUGACGGGAUUGCUCCAGAGCCCCCGCCUCCUCCCGCGGCGGCUGCCAACAUGGCUGCGGCCGCCUCCGCUGCCCAGGACGAGCUGAAUCAACUUGAACGUGUAUUCUUACGUCUUGGCCAUGCAGAAACAGAUGAGCAGUUACAGAAUAUUAUAUCCAAAUUCCUACCCCCUGUCCUGCUCAAACUGUCCAGCACGCAGGAAGGAGUGCGUAAAAAGGUCAUGGAGCUCCUAGUUCACUUGAAUAAACGCAUCAAAAGUCGUCCAAAAAUUCAACUUCCAGUAGAGACUUUACUAGUCCAAUACCAAGAUCCCGCUGCAGUUUCCUUUGUCACCAAUUUUACUAUAAUUUAUGUUAAGAUGGGUUACCCUCGUUUGCCUGUGGAAAAACAAUGUGAAUUGGCGCCUACUCUCCUCACUGCAAUGGAAGGGAAACCACAACCACAGCAAGACAGCCUAAUGCAUCUUCUAAUACCAACCCUUUUUCACAUGAAAUAUCCUGUUGAACCAUCGAAAGCAGCUUCUCCAUUUAAUCUUGCCGAAAAACCAAAGACUGUACAGCUGCUCUUGGACUUUAUGUUGGAUGUGCUCCUUAUGCCUUAUGGAUACGUACUGAAUGAAUCCCAGAGUCGCCAAAAUGUGCCAUCGGCACAGGGCUCUUCUGCAUCCAGUAGUGCUGGAAGUUCGGGGAUCCCUCAACCUCCUCCAGGGAUGAGCUUUUACGCAGCCAAGCGGGUAAUUGGAGAUAGCCCAUGGACACCUGAACAGCUGGAACAGUGUAAACUGGGAAUAGUAAAGUUCAUUGAAGCUGAGCAGGUACCAGAGCUUGAAGCCGUCAUACACCUGGUAAUAGCCUCCAGCGACACACGACACAGUGUAGCCACUGCGGCAGACCUGGAACUGAAAAGCAAACAAAGCUUAAUUGACUGGAAUAAUCCUACUAUCGUCAACAAAAUGUACAAAGUGUACCUCGGGGAUAUACCACUGAAAACUAAAGAGGGAGUUGUUCUGAAGCCAGAACUGAAACGAGAUCCAGUCAGCACCCGGGUUAAAUUAAAGAUUGUUCCUCAUCUUCUGCGUUCCAGACAAGCUGCAGAAACAUUCCCAGCUAACAUUCAGGUGGUAUAUGAUGGACUCUUUGGUGCAAAUACAAACACGAAACUGAGAACUCUGUCCCUGCAGUUUGUACAUCAUAUUUGUACAAGUUGUCCAGAAAGUAAAAUAAAGCCACUAGGCCCAAUGCUUUUAAAUGGGCUUACGAAACUGAUUAAUGAAUACAAAGAGGACCCCAAACUGCUGUCAAUGGCCUAUUCAGCUGUUGGAAAACUCUCCAGUCGAAUGCCUCAGCUGUUUACCAAGGACAUAGCUCUUGUCCAGCAGUUUUUUGAAGCUUUGUGCAAGGAAGAGCCUGAUACCAGACUUGCUAUUCAGGAGGCCUUGUCUAUGAUGGUUGGAGCAUAUAGUAGUUUGGAAGGAGCACAGCGUACGCUUAUGGAGGCUCUUGUGGCUUCAUACCUAAUAAAGCCUGAAGUCCAAGUGCGUCAGGUGGCCGUGAAAUUUGCAAGCACAGUGUUCCCUUCAGAUCACAUCCCUUCCAGAUACUUACUGCUUUUAGCUGCAGGAGAUCCACGAGAGGAGGUGCAUGGAGAAGCCCAGCGCGUACUGAGAAUGUUUCCUGGUAAAAAUGAAAAGGAGAGUGCUGGUAAACAGAUGCCUUCCUUCCCAGAAAUGGUCCAUUACAUUCAAGACAAGGCCUCUCACCGAAUGAAAACUCCUGCUAAAUACAUGACCGGAACUGCAGUCCUGCCUUUCAAUCCUGCUACGUUUGGAGAGAUAGUCCUGUACCUGCGAAUGUGUCUUGCGCAUAGCGCAGGUGUGGUGCCAUCCUCUCAGAACUUAGCUGACAUGCAAGACCAUGCUCCAGCAAUUGGCCGUUAUAUCAGAAACCUCCUGUCUGGCAAUUUCAUAUCUUCCUCCUCAUCGUCAUCUUCCUCAAAAAGUGGAGAAACCAACCCAGUGCAAAUCUAUAUUGGCCUUCUUCAGCAGCUGUUGUCUGGGGUUGGAGGUUUGCCAGUCAUGUACUGUCUUCUAGAAGUUGUUUCGGUGUAUCCAGAAAAACUAGCUACCAGAUUUGCAGACAAAAUAGAUUGGAUAAAGAGUCUGAUGAAUACAAACAAGGAAGAGAUGCGUGAGCUGGCAGCACUGUUGUAUUCUGUAGUGUUGUCUACAAUGUCUGGAAAUGAACUGAAGUCCUCUGUACAGCAACUGAUCAAGACAGCAAAAGACAAUCAUAACCCGGAGAUCCAACAUGGAUCCUUGUUGGCUUUGGGAUUCACAGUAGGAAGGUACCUGGCCAAAAGGAAAACCAGAAUGAUGGAGAUGCAUGACAUUGAAGAGCCAAAUAUUGUUGUCAUGCCAGAACAAGACCAGCUCAUAAAGACCACAACAGAAACAAUAGGUUCCUUUUUGGACAGCACCUCUCCGCUCCUGGCAGUUGCUGCUUGUACAGCACUGGGGGAAAUUGGCAGGAACGGCCCCUUGCCAAUUCCCAACGAAGGCACCGGGUUUACAAAGCUGCAUCUUGUUGAGAGUUUACUGACCAGAAUCCCUUCUGGCAAGGAAACAAAUAAGAUGAAAGAACGAGCGAUACAAACACUGGGUUACUUUCCAGUGGGAGAUGGAGACUUUCCCCACCAGAAACUACUGUUGCAAGGACUAAUGGAUUCUGUGGAGGCCAAGCAAAUAGAACUUCAGUUCACCGUUGGUGAAGCCAUUACCAGUGCCGCAAUAGGAACCAGCUCAGUGGCUGCCCGUGAUGCUUGGAUGGUCACCGAGGAAGAGUACACUCCUCCUGCAGAUGUGAAAGUGAACGACGUGGUCCCCUGGGUUUUGGACCUCAUUUUGAAUAAGCACAUUGUCAGCCCUAACCCCCACGUCAGGCAGGCAGCCUGCAUCUGGCUUUUGUCACUGGUGAAGAAGCUGAGCACACACAAAGAAAUUAAGUCUCAUCUCAAGGAGAUUCAAAGUGCAUUUGUUUCAGUUCUGUCUGAUAAUGAUGAACUUAGCCAAGACGUUGCUUCCAAAGGCCUUGGGCUAGUGUAUGAACUAGGUAGUGAACAAGAUCAACAGGAGCUGGUCACCACGCUUGUUGAUACGCUUAUGACUGGGAAAAGGGUCAAACAUGAAGUGACUGGAGAGACAGUGGUGUUCCAGGGAGCCCUUGGCAAAACCCCAGAUGGUCAGGGUCUCUCUACCUACAAGGAGCUUUGUUCACUGGCUAGUGACCUCAGCCAACCAGACCUGGUGUACAAAUUCAUGAAUCUGGCCAACCACCAUGCCAUGUGGAACUCGCGCAAGGGAGCAGCGUUUGGUUUCAACGUGAUCGCUACAAAGGCUGGAGAGCAACUGGCUCCGUUUUUGCCCCAGCUGGUUCCCCGUCUCUAUCGUUACCAGUUUGACCCCAACAUGGGCAUUCGACAGGCUAUGACCAGCAUUUGGAACGCGCUUGUCACCGACAAAUCUGCAAUUGAUAAAUACAUGAAGGAGAUUCUGGAUGAUCUGCUCAACAACCUGACCAGCAACAUGUGGAGGAUCAGAGAAUCCAGCUGUCUAGCACUGAAUGACUUAUUAAGAGGCCGACCACUGGAUGACAUUAUUGAUAAACUUCCGGAAAUCUGGGAAACCCUGUUCCGAGUGCAAGAUGAUAUUAAGGAGUCUGUACGAAAAGCAGCAGAACUAGCCCUGAAAACGUUAAGUAAGGUGUGUGUGAAAAUGUGCGACCCCGCCAAAGGCGCAGCGGGCCAGAGAACUAUAGCGGUGUUGCUGCCCUGCCUGCUGGACAAAGGAAUGAUGAGCACAGUGACUGAAGUUCGGGCUCUGAGCAUUAACACUCUUGUGAAGAUCAGUAAAAGUGCUGGUGUUAUGCUGAAGCCUCACGCGCCAAAGCUCAUCCCAGCUUUGCUGGAGUCCUUAAGCGUGUUGGAACCCCAGGUUCUCAAUUAUUUGAGUCUCCGCGCUACGGAUCAGGAGAAAGCUGCAAUGGAUAGUGCAAGACUUAGUGCUGCUAAAUCAUCUCCCAUGAUGGAAACAAUUAAUAUGUGCUUGCAGUAUCUGGAUGUGUCUGUCCUGGGUGAGCUGGUUCCUAGGCUGUGUGAGCUGAUCAAAAGUGGAAUAGGCCUGGGCACUAAGGGAGGCUGUGCCAGCGUCAUUGUGUCACUAACCACUCAGUGUCCCCAGGACUUAACGCCGUACUCAGGCAAACUCAUGAGUGCUUUACUCAGUGGACUGACUGAUCGCAACAGCGUGGUGCAGAAGUCUUUUGCAUUUGCUAUGGGGCAUCUAGUUCGGACCUCCCGGGAUAGUAGCACUGAGAAACUACUGCAGAAGCUCAACAGCUGGUACAUGGAGAAGGAAGAACCGGUCUAUAGGAUAGGCUGUGCUUUAACUGUUCAUGCCAUCGGGCGCUACAGCCCGGACGUGUUGAAGAACCAUGCCAAACAGGUCUUGCCUCUGGCAUUUCUGGGCAUGCACGAGGUCCCAGAUGAAGAGAAAGGAGAGAAAGAUGAUUCUAAUCUGUGGACCGAAGUGUGGCAGGAAAAUGUACCUGGCACUUAUGGUGGCAUUAGAUUGUAUAUGCAGGAGUUGAUCGCAAUUACCCAGAAGGCUCUGCAGUCCCAGUCUUGGAAGAUGAAAGCCCAGGGAGCGGCUGCCAUGGCCUCUAUUGCCAAACAAACUGGUUCCCUGGUACCGCCCCAUCUGGGAAUGGUGGUUGAUGCAUUGUUGCAAGGUCUGUCUGGAAGAACGUGGGCAGGAAAGGAGGAGCUGCUGAAAGCUAUCGCCAGCGUCGUCUCUGCAUGCAGUGUAGAGUUGCAGAAGUCUGUGCCCAAUCAGCCCAGCGUCAAUGAUGUUGUCCAGACUGUCCUGAAAGAGUGUCGCAAAGAGAACCUCAAGUACAAGAUGGUAGCACUCCGAUGUACGGCAGAUGUGCUGAAGGCGACAAAGGAAGACCGUUUCCAGGAGCUGGCGGACAUCGUCUUUCCGAUGAUAAAGAAGAAUUCUCAUGAGAGCGUAGGAGCUGGUUCACCAAAGAAUGAUGAUGACGAGAAUGAAAAAGAAAAGGAGCUUCAGAUGGAAUCUCUGCUCUGUGCCUUUGAGAGUUUGGGCAAGGCCUGGCCUAGGAAUCUGGAGACGCAGCGCUGCUAUUGGCAAGAGCUGUGCAAAUUAAUGUGUGAGCGUCUGAAACUCAGUACGUGGAAAGUGCAGCUUGGAGUGCUACAGGCCAUGAACGCCUAUUUUCAAGGGUUAAUGCUUUUUGAAGAGGCGCACUCAGACCCUGGGGCUUUGACAGAAAUCCUGUUGGAAACCUGCUCAUCCAUCACACACUCUUUAGAAAAUAGGAGCUACACCUCCAUCAGAACAGAAGCGUUGUCUGUGAUAGAACUGCUGCUUACCAGACUUAAAGAGUCUAAACAAUGGGACAGCCUGCCACUGGAAAGUAGAGCGCUCCUCAUUGGCUCACUUACUACCAUGGUAUUGGACAGCAGACCUGAGCUGCAAGAGAAAGCAUCUUUAUUGAAGAAAACACUUGAAAACCUUGACUAAAUUGUAAAACACCAACAGCAAAGUGCCAUGUAAAACAAAAACAAGUGCAGUGUGAUCCGAAAACCAAGUGGGGAAAUGAAGAUUAAUCUGUAGCAUGCAUCAUUCCUUGGCCAAAAUAAAAAAUGCCUUAAAUUCUG